AUGCGGCGCCCAGGCAGCGGAGACGAGAGCCUUCGAGGCGUGGUGUCCUGCGGCCUCAGGCCUGCGGCGAACUCCAAGUCCCAGGAGGCACUGCUGCCGGAAGUGCGGGAGCGCCGCCUGCGCGGAUUGCACCAGCUCACUUUAAGGGGGCCAGAACGCACAGCUCCAGAGCAGGGCGGGCCCGAGGGCCAGGAAUCUCUGAAAGGGCGGGUUUUGCAGCGCGCGACGCGGGCCUUCCCAGCGGGAGAGGCCGGACUGAGGCAGACUAACAGGAAGCCGAGUGGCCCUGGGCUGGCGGCUGGCGGCUGCCGGUUGGGGUCCGCGGCCGCAUCGCCAGGGCUGCGGAGAGGGGAGGGACCCGGAGGCCUUCGCCUGCGGUCCGAGCCCCGAGCAAGGGGCGUCCUGACUGGGCGGGACCCGAGGCCCGGCCCGCUCGGGAACGCGCCGGCGGACGGCGCCCACCCUCGAGCGCAGGCUGGGACAUGUCUGGCCCCCGAGGACAGCCAGUGGGCGGUGGCUGCAGAGGUGGAGGGGCUGGAGCCCGAGGCAGCUGCCACAGAAGAUGCUGCAGGAGAUGCUACGGAUGCUGUGGAUGCUGUGGAUGCGGAGCCCGGGGACCCCCCUCUCCUGGUUGGGAACCGGUUGAACCUGGACCUGUACCCUCGGGGCUGCCACCGGCUGCUGAAUCUGUGUGCCCAGCGGCCCCCUCAGCUGCUGGAAGUGGAGUUCUUGCGGCUGAGUGGCCACGAGGACCCUCGGCUGCUGGAGGUCACCCUGGCCCAGGUGCCGUGCAGCCUGCAGCGCCUUCGCUCCCUGGUCAUCAGAGGUGGACAACACCGGGACGUGCUGGGUGCCUGCUGCCGGGGCUCUCUGACCACACUGCCGGCUGGCCUGAGUGGCCUGGCCCGCUUGGCCCACCUAGAUCUGAGCUUCAACAGCCUGGAGACACUGCCGGCCUGCAUCCCACAGAUGCGUGGCCUGAGCACCCUCCUGCUGUCUUACAACAGCCUCUCAGAGCUGCCUGAGGCUCUCGGAGCCCUUCCCUCCCUCACCUUCCUCUCUGUGACCCACAACGGCUUGCAGACGCUGCCCACAGCGCUGGGAUCCCUGUCCACCCUGCAGCGACUUGAUCUCUCAGAGAACCUUCUGGACACCCUGCCCCCUGAGAUUGGAGGCCUGAGCAGCCUCACCGAGCUGAAUCUGGCUUCCAACCGGCUGCAGGGCCUCCCGACCUCCCUCGUGGGGCUACGGUCCUUGCGGUUCCUUGUUUUGCACAGCAACCUCCUGACCUCAGUGCCCGCCGGCCUAGCCCACCUCCCGCUGCUUGCCCGACUGGAUCUGAGGGACAACCAGCUCCGGGACGUGCCCCCCGAGCUACUGGACGCCCCCUUUGUGCGCCUUCGGGGGAACCCCCUGGGCGAGGCUCUACCUGCCUCCCACAGUCCCCCAGAGACACCUGUGACCCCCGAAAUGCCCAGACUGUUCCUGAACUCAGAUUUGGACAGCUUCCCUGUGACUCCCCAAGGCUGCUCAGUGACCCUGGCCUGUGGGGUCCGCCUGCAGUUCCCUGCUGGGGCCACCUCUAGCCCUGUCAACAUCCAGUAUCGACUCUGGCUGCCGGAGCCACGCCUCGUCCCCUUGGGUCCCCAUGACUCCCUGCUCAGUGGGGUCCUGGAGCUGCAGCCCCACGGGGUGGCCUUCCGGCAGGAGGUGGGCCUGUGGCUACUCUUUGUGCCCCCCCGGGCCCGGCGUUGCCGUGAGGUGGUGGUCAGGACCCUGAGUGAUGACAGCUGGAGUGACCUGGAGACUCACCUGGAAGAAGAGGCACCCAAGCGGCUCUGGGCUCACUGCCAGGUGCCCCACUUCUCGUGGUUCCUCGUGGUUUCACGUCCUGUGUCCAACGCCUGCCUGGUGCCACCGCAGGGGACAUUGCUGUACUCCUCGGGAGAUCCUGGGGUCAAGGUCACAUUCCCCCCUGGGGCCACUGACGAGCCUCGUCACGUCUGCAUGCAGGUGGUGCACAUGGGCAGCAGAGAGCUUCGAGCCCUGCUGGAGGAGCCCGAGGCGGCGGCCAGCCCCCUGCUGUGCCUCUCUCAGAGCGGCCCCCCCAGCUUCCUCCGGCCUGUUACUGUGCAGCUGCCUCUGCCCCCUGGUGUCACAGGCCUGAGUCUGGAUCGCACUUGUCUUCACCUGCUGUACUGGACCCCUCCUGAAGCAGCCUGGGAUGACAUCACAGCUCAGGUGGCACUGGAGAUCACCCACCUGUAUGCUCGCUUCCAGGUCACACACUUCUCUUGGUACUGGCUCUGGUACACCACCAAGACCUGCGUGGAGGGCCUGGCUCGGAAGGCCUGGGAGCGCCUGCGACUGCACAGGGUGAACCUCAUUGCCCUGCAGAGGCGCCGGGACCCUGAGCAGGUUCUUCUCCAGUGCCUGCCUCGCAAAAAGGUGGAUGCCACCCUGCGACGGCUGCUGGACCGGUACCGAGGCCCUGAGCCUUCUGACACGGUGGAGAUGUUCGAGGGCGAAAAAUUCUUUGCUGCCUUUGAGAGGGGUAUUGACGUGGAUGCUGACCGCCCAGACUGCGUGGAGGGCAGGAUCUGCUUUGUGUUUUACUCACACUUGAAGAACAUGAAGGAGGUGUAUGUGACCACCGCCGUGGACCGGCAGGCUCAGGCUGUGAGGGGCCAGGUGUCCUUCUACCGGGGAGCAGUGCCCGCGGAGGUGCCUGAGGAGGCAGAGGCUGCCCGGCAGAGGAAGGGCACAGACUCCCUCUGGAUGGCCACUCUGCCCAUCAAGCUGCCGAGACUGCGGGGAUCCCAGGGGCCAGAGCAGGGACGGGGGACCAGCCUCUCCCUGGCUCCUCUGACCCUGGGUAAUGCCGAGACUGGCUUCCUGACCCAGAGCAACCUGCAGAAUGUGGCUGGGCGCCUGGGCCCUGACUGGCCAGCCGUGGCCCUGCACCUGGGCAUGCCUUACCAUGAGCUGCAGCGCAUCCGACAUGAGUUCCGGGACGACCUGGAUGGCCAGAUCCGUCAUAUGCUCUUCUCCUGGGCUGAGCGCCAGGCCGGGCAGCCAGGGGCUGUGGGGCUCCUAGUACAGGCCUUGGAGCAGAGCGACCGGCUGGAUGUUGCUGAAGAGGUGAGGGCUGUCUUGGAGCUCGGCCGCCAAAAGUACAAGGACAGCAUCCAGCGCACAAGCCUGGCCCCCAGGGACCUUGCCCCACCUGAGCCUUCGGCAUCACAGUCCCCAGAGUCUGCCCAGGCCUAGACCCCACUGACUUUGGGCUGGUCCCUGAUGUACCCUGACCAAUGGUCAGAGGCCCCCAUUUUCAAGCCUUCCCUAUGUAUGGGGACAGUGACCUCCCAUGUGUAACAAAUAUGUAUUGUUAUUGUACUGGCUGCUU